UCAACAGCCGCGCUUAUUCUACUUCUUAUGAUACGAACAAAAUCAGCAGCGCGCCGCUUCACCGCGGGAGACAGAACGGUAUCAGAACAGCAUCCGAGCCGCACCGACAGUCCGCAUACGCAUCGCACGCCAGUACCCUAAUGGCAACGGAGGACAAAGGAAAAACGGCGGCGCCUCAGGCUUUACCGGAAACGGGUUCCCUAUUAGCAACACACAGCAAUCUGAACAAUAAUAACAACAACAACAAUAACAACAAAGACAACGAGGGAAGCGAAGGAGCCACAACAGCCACAUCUACUGCUGUUGAAUCUGGUGGCGCUGAAAAUAUCAUAGGAAACGGUUCAGCUGUUAACUCCACCGGAGGCAAUAACGGCAAAUGGGUCCGUCUCAACGUCGGGGGCACGGUGUUUCUAACGACACGACAGACGCUGCUAAAGGAACAAACUUCAUUUCUGUACCGACUGUGUCAGCAGCAGGACUUACAUUCUGACACGGAUGAAACUGGUGCUUAUGUGAUUGACCGAGAUCCCACCUAUUUUGGACCCAUACUCAACUAUCUGCGACAUGGGAAACUGGUUUAUAACAAGGAGUUGGCAGAAGAAGGUGUCUUGGAGGAGGCAGAAUUCUAUAACAUCACACCGCUGAUUAAAUUAAUCAAAGAGAGAAUUCUUGAGCGAGACUCCAAGGCCACACAGCAGGUACCACCAAAGCACGUGUACCGGGUGUUGCAGUGUCAGGAAGAGGAGCUGACCCAGAUGGUGUCCACCAUGUCGGACGGCUGGAAGUUUGAGCAGGUCAGCGUGCGCGCCUGCCGAAAACCCCGCCCCGGACUGCUCUGGACUAUGGUGAACAUUGGCUCAUCUUACAGCUAUGGAACAGAGGACCAGGCUGAAUUUCUCUGUGUGGUGUCAAAAGAGCUGCAUACCUCAAGUGGAGGUUUGGGGACAGAGCAGAGCCACAAGACUAAGACCUCGGACACACAGGAGGAGGAUGGAGCGAGGGAGGAAGAUGAGGAGGAGGAGGAUGAGGAGGAAGAGGGAGAGAGAAAUGCCACCCCCAAUGAGUGGAUUAGAGAUUAGCAGAAACUUGUGUCAAAAGGAAUUGCUGUUCCAGAUCCAUGGGUCUCGGAUGUAGGAUACAAAGAAUUUUAUUUUUCUAGAUAUCCAUUUUAUCAUGUGCUCAUGAUGCUGUUUUUAUAGCCAUACUUUUUUAGAUUUGUUGACUUGAACAACGGGUAUUAGCGGGAGACAAGAACUUCACAUCCAGCAGCAAAAAAUGCUAUUGUUUAGAGAAUUGUAAUGUUCAUGAAUGCAAAAGGCACCUAAGGUAUUAAAGAAAGACGCAGUUACUUACAGUUACUAUCUUAGUACAUGGCCUGUUACCAAAGAGUGCAAAGUUAUUGGGAUACUUUAGUAAAUAUAACACAUUUAAACAAAAACUAGUCUGAUUUAGUCAGGAAUGAUGGAAAGACUGUGGAUAUGAGACUGUAAUUAGUUACUUAGUAUUUAGAGUUUAGGUUUUGCACUAUAUUUGCUAUAGCAGAAGGGCGGCUCUGCUACAUGAACGGGUCACGUCCUGUUCCAUUUAGCAUCAGCUGUGGGUAAAGUGCCAGCAGUGUCACCCUGGCAGACCACCAGCAGUGCACUUUAGCCCCAUUUACAGUCUGCGGCAGUUAAUUUUGAUAGUCGACGGCGCCAGCUAGAAGGUCAGGGUAUCAUUAGAGGUCACUGGGAUAUUACAGGGUUCUGGUUGUGGUUCUGGUUGGAUUUCUAAUAGUUUGUGGGCACAGUUCACUUCAGAUGAAGUUCAGAUAAUGUGCUGGAAUAUGAUAUUGUGUCACUUGUUAAUGUGUUUUGUGUGAAGGCUAGAUUUCUUUCAAAGGAUCAAAGCCUGGUAAUUAAAAUCGUUCAAAUCAACAUGCCUCAAUUCAACAAAUGAUCAAGCACCUUUUGUUUCCUUUUAGCCUACAGCUGUGCAAAUUAGCAUUCUUUUGGAUUUUUAUGUGCUGUGGGUUGGUUUGCAUGCCUGAGCUUGUUUAUUAUUAAAUAUGCUGUAGUUUUGCACAAAUUUAAAAAGACAGUGCCCACAAAACAUAUUUGGACACUUAAAGGAAAGUCCACUUCCAGAACAACAAUUUACAGAUAAUGUACUCACCCCCUUGUCCUCCAAGAUGUCUUUCUUUCUUCAGUUGUAAAGAAAUUGUGUUUUUUGAGGAAAACAUUUCAGGAUUUUUCUCCAUAUAAUGGACUGCUAUGCUGCCCUGAGUUUGAACUUCCAAAAUGCAGUUUAAAUGCAUCCCAUAUGCGGUUGUAAACGAUCCCAGCCGAGGAAGAAGGGUCUUAUCUAGUGAAACAAUCGGUUAUUUUCAUUAAAAAAAAAUACAAUUUAAAUACUUUUUAAUCUUAAACGCUCGUUUUGUCUUGCUCUCCCUGAACUCUGUGUAUUCUGACACAAGACAGUUAGGGUAUGUCAAAACUCUGAUCGUAUUUUCUUCCUCAACUUCAAAAAUCAUUUAAAAAUCAUCCUACAUUGCUGCAGAAGCACCGACCCAGUCUUUGCAAAGUAAACAUGCAAAGAAGAUCAAACACCUCUAACAAAAAAAGAUAAAACAGUGACAUACCCUAACGGUCAUGACCCGGAAAAAACAGAGGUCGGGAAGAGCAAGACAAGACAAGCGUUUGACAUUAAAAAGUAUAUAAAUUGUAUUAUUUUUAUGAAAAUAAACCCUCCUUUCUCGACUGGGAUCAUUUGAAGCCACAUUUAAAACUGCAUUUUGAAAGUUCAAACUCGGGUCACCAUACUAGUCCAUUAUAUGGAGAAAAAUCCUGAAAUGUUUUCCUCAAAAAACAUGAUUUCUUUACCACUGAAGAAAGAAAGACUUGAACAUCUUGGAUGACAAGGGGGUGAGUACAUUAUUUUUAAAUUGUUGUUCUGGAAGUGGACUUCUCCUUUAAGCCACAGUUAAACAUGGAUGAAUGUGAUUGCAUUAUAUAGCAGAAUAGCAAACCAAGUGGCUGAUAGCACAAGCACACUUUUUAAAUAAAACAUUUCUGCAAAGGUUUUUGUGGUUUGUUUGCAGAUGCCAUUUGGUUUGAUAUUUCCUAUUUAAUGCAGUAAAAUGUAAAAUAUUUUUAAAUGUGACUUAAGUGUUUAGAAACUAUGGAAGCCUGUUUCCGUUACUGAAUAAAAAUUAUCUGAUAGAAACUCACAAUUGCGGGUUAUAAAGUCAGAAUUGCGUUAUGAACUCGCAAUCACAAGAAAUAAAGUAAGAAUUGCAACACAAAAAAAACAAACUUUUUUCUUGCAAUUGCGAGUUUACUUUUCGCAAAUGUUUUUUUUCCUCUGAAUUGCGUGAUAUAAACUCACAAUUGCAAGUUAUAAAGUCCAGUUUUGACUUUUUCUCAAUUGCGAGUCUAUAUCACACAAUUCUGAGAAAAGUCAUAUUUAUGAGUGUAUAUCUUGCAACUCUGACUUUAUCAGAAUUGCACAUUUAUUUUUCACAAUUCUGACUUUCUUUUUCGCAAUUGUGAGUUUACAUCUCAUAAUUAUGACUUUUUUUCUCAUUGUGAGAUAAACUCGCAAUUGUGAGUUAUACUCAAUUCUGAGAAAAAAAAAUCAGACUUGCGAGUUUAUAUCAAUUCUGAGGAAAAACUAAUUUGCAUGAAAAACUCACAAUUGCAAGUUAUAAAGUCAGAAUUUUGUGAUAUAAACUCGCAAUUGUGAGUUAUAAAGCAAGAUUUGCAAGAUACUGUAUAAACUCAGAAUUGUGAGAAAUAAAGUAAAACUUUUUUAUCGUAAUGGCGAAUUUAUUUUUUGCAAUUCUGACUUUUUUCCAUGCUAUUAUGACAUUUGUGCAGUUUUGAAAAAAGACUAAUAUGAUCGAAGAAUUUUUUGUAUCUCAUAAUUCUGACUGAAUAACUCACAAUUGCGAGUUUAUAGCAUGCAGUUCAGAGGAAAAAAUACAUAUUUGCGAAUUUAUAUCUCACAAUUCUGACUUCAUUUAUCACUUUUUUCUUGCAAAUGCGAGUUUACAUCUCGAACUCUGAUUUUUUUUCUCAGAAUUGUGUUAUAACUUGCAAUUGCGAGUUUAUUUCACAGUUCUGAGAAAAAAGUCAGAACUGCGAGAUGUAGACUCAUAACUGCGAUAAAGUCAUAAUUGCAAGAGAAAAAAAUUGACUUUUUUCACACAAUUUGGACUUCUGACUUUAUAUCUCACAAGUCUGGCUUAACUCACAAUUGCGAGUUUAUAUCAUGCAAUUCUGAGAAAAAAAGUCAUAUUUGCAAGUUUAUAUCUCACAAUUCUGACCUUUUCUCAUAUUUUGCAAGUUUACAUCUCGCAAUUCUGACUUCUCAGUAUUGCGUAAUAUAAACUUGCAGUUGCGAGUUAAGUCAGAAAUGUGAGAUAUAAGUUAUAAUAAUACCCACAAUUCUGAGAAAAAAAGUCAGAAUUUCAAGAUGUAAACUCGCAAUUGUGAGAAAAAAGUCAGAAUUGUGAGAUUAAAAAGUCACAAUUACCUUUAUUUUCUAUUCAGUGGCGGAAACAGCCUUUUGUAAGAAACUAUUUUUGGAUGGGUAAAAUCAUUUUUUGUCAUGUUUGAUGACAGCGUUACCAAUCAAAAAUGACUAGAAAUAGUCUUUUUGUAAACGUUCAAUCUGUUUAUAAUCGCAACAAGACCUGUUAUUAUUAUUAUACAGAUGCAUUUAUACAGAAGAAAGAGGCAUUGCAAACACAAUUUUGUAGCUCAGUGCGUUACUGGGUCAAUCAAUUCUUAUUCUGUCCCCAUUAGCUGCCACUGUGUUGUAGAACUGUGAGCAUAAUAACUGUGUCUAGACAGAAUAGUGAAUUAUAUGAAACAGGACUACAACUGCGUAGAUGCAACUGAUGUAGAAGCAGCAAAAGUUUUGAUAGAACAUAUCUUACUAGCGUGUCAGUGCUGUAAUCUCUUUAAACUUUGUACUGGUGUGUUGAACAAAUCGUAUCACUGCAUUGAAUUUCAGAAGUAUGUUUUAGUUUUAAAUGCAUCUUGCGUGUGUUAAUAGCAUCCUUUUAUAUGGCCUUUUUAUAAUUAUUCUGUGCCAUUCAUCUGUAUUUAUUUUUAGUCUAAUAAAUGUCAGAUUAUGUUGCUUGUCAGGGCACAGAUAAUAUUUUGGUUUAUAUUGAAUUGUAUUCUGUACACACAAUUGCCAUUUUGUUUUUUAGGCUUUUGUUACGUUACGUUUUUUCCAGUCUUUUUCUUUCUCAUUUUUAUAUUUAUAGGCAGUGUGUAUACCAUAUUUCCACUUUGAGCUCUCACAUAUCAUUUAUUUAUUAAAUAUGGGAUGUGUAGUGGCUUUAUAAUUUAUUUAAUUUUCUUGGUGUGAAAGUUUAUUGAAUUUUUUUUAUUUAUUUUACUUUUUGUCUGUAAAUGUACUUUAGCUGUAAUGUACUUUAAUUCAUACAAUGGAUUUUUAAUACGUUUUGAUUAUCAUUAAAAGCACAUUUGCCUGUUGAAACAAAACCCUUGAGUUAAAAAAAUGUUUAGUAAUAGUUACUAAUGCUUUUUUUUUUUUAACUUUAAGGGUUUUGGUGCAACCAGACACAGACCCUUAGUAGUGUAUGUAUGCCAAAGAAAAUUAGAUUAACGUUUGUCUCUUCAGCUGACAGAAAAUCUUUUAGCACAGAAAACAAUCAUGAAUUAGAUGUCCAAGUGUAAAAAGUUAUCAAAAUGAUUUAAAUAAAGUUUAGUCUUUUUCAAGAAAUA